AUGUGGACCCAUGCAUGCUGUUGUUUCUGUUUGCAGAUCACAAGGCGGCAGGGUAUGAAAGCAGAUACUGGCACUCUAAUGGCCUUGUGUGAGAAAACUGACAAUGACAUCCGUGCUUGCAUCAACACAUUACAGUUUUUACACAGUCGUGGACAGAAGCACUUGGAUCAGCGCAGUGUCAAUUCAGUCUCCGUGGGAUUGAAAGACCAAAACAAGGGACUUUUCUCAGUUUGGCAGGAAAUCUUUCAGCUUCCUCGACUGAAAAGGAAGCGGAUUGGUGGAGAUCCUUUUGGUGGUUUUGAUGAGGCGGGACCUAAAGAUAGCGCACAAAGGAUUCAGCACAUCUUACAUUUGGUCUCAUCUAAUGGAGAGCAUGAGAAACUCACUCAGGGCCUGUACGAUAACUUCCUCAGCAUGAAGCUGAAGGACCCAGGGAUGUUGGGUGUGUGCGCAGGUCUUGACUGGUUGUGUUUCUCUGACAUGUUGAAUGAGUGUGUGUUACACGGACAGAACUAUUCGCUCAUGCGCUACUUCCCUUUCCUGCCCGCUGCCUUCCACCAACUAUAUGCUGCAAACUCGGUCCCACGCAUCAAUUAUCCACACAGUCACUACGAGGCUUUCACCAAAAGUCAGCACACCAAGAACGCCCUGCUUGCCAUGUUGAAUGACAUCCCACCCGCUGUACAGAGCCGAAUUUCUAUGAGCAGUCUCUGUUUGGACAUCCUCAGCCUUCUCCUGGAGCUCAUCUCCCCCAAACUGCGGCCGGUCAACCCUCAGCUUUACAGCACUAGGGAGAAGCAGCAGCUCUAUGAUUUGAUUGACACCAUGAUCAACUAUAACCUGACCUAUAGACAGGACCGCACACCAGAGGGACAGUACACUUAUGUUCUGGAGCCUAAUGUAGAAGAUGUGGUGCAUUUUCCGGGUUUACCUCCCCGGAGACGGUUAACCUAUCAGGUGAAGCAGCUGAUUGCCAGGGAGACAGAACUGGAGAGGAUGAGGAGGGUGGAGAAAGCCCAGCAGAAACGAAACCCACACAAGACAGAGGCAGUUAAUAAGGUGCCAGAGGGGAAGAAAACAGAAGUGAAGAAACAGACAAGCAGGAACUAUCAGCAGAGGCUGGAGAAUAUUGUUAAACAGACUGUGGUGGAAAGCAGGCCUGAAUUGGAUUUCUUUGGUCGAGCCAUUGUACCCAAGGAGAAACCUGUGGUCACCACUACAGGUGAAGAUGGCAAAGGAGCUGGAGUGGUGCAUAUCGGUAAAGCCGUGGGUAACAGUGACGUAUGGUUUCGUUUCAAUGAAGGUGUGUCCAAUGCAGUGCGCAGAAACGGUUACAUUCGGGAGUUACUUUAAAGUGAUAUGGGCGAGAAAGUGGAUGAAGCCCAUGUUAAUUUACCACCUCAAAUCAAUACAUGAAAAACCAAAAAUGUUCUGAACCUUGUACUGUAAAGUUAAAAAACAAACCUACAAAAUCUACAAUAUGUGAAAAAGAAAAAGCACUGGU